AUGUUCAACCAAUCAACGAUAUCAGUUAAUUCCACUAUGACGACAUACUCAGAACCUUGGUAUGACCACCCACUCAACAUGCAGUAUAGCGAAAUUGAAGAAAAGUCGUCAAAAAUUUACUCUUUUUUCCGCAAUAAAAGCUUUAGACGAAAAUCAAUGAUAAACAAAGCCAAGGGAGAAAUGAGGAAAGUCAUCGAAACUCUUAAAGAAAAGAAAAUGAAAAAAGAAAGUGAUAAGGAUAGUGGAAUUGUUGACAACUUUUCGUUAUCGCAAGAAAUUGAAGAUUCGUUUUACGACAAAACAGAUUUAUUUUGCCAACUAAAAAUGGAACGCGACACUGAGUUGCUAAAAAUACAUCAAGCCACAAGAGCAAUGGAGUUAUUGAAGAAAAGUAAACACCACGACUUAUCCGAGGAACUCCUUAUAGAAAGAAUUUUGCUGGAAUCUUCAUCCCGGCAAAAAAUGAUUUUGGAGAGAAUACAGCACCUGGGAUAUUCAGAGACCAAGAAAAGAUAUUGUUCUGGAAGAGUUGUAAUAUCAAACGUUAAAUUAAAUGUUAAAUGCAACGAUAAAAGUCGCUUGGAAGAAUAUUUUGUCAUGCAAGCCAGAAUUGGGUAUAGGAUGUAUAUAUCAAAGCCACAAAUAGCCCAAAACAAUAAGGUUCAGUUUAAAGAUACUAUUAUUUUUGAUGAUUUGGAAACCAACUUUAAUAUUCACUUGCAGUGGUAUAGGAUCAAACUGGAGGUGUCAGGAAAAAAAUUAAAAAAGAAAAGUAACAUCUUAAACAAAGUCUGCAGAAUAACCUUCGAUGACAUCCACACAUUGAACCACGAGGAAAAAGAAGUUUUCCAAACUUCCUUCAAUUUGGUUGGCGAACUUAACCUAACCAAAGAAUAUCUAGCAAAAAACCCUCAAACUUUUGAGCUAACUUCGACCUCCCUCAGCAGUUCCUUGGAAAGAAAAAUCGAGAUGGAUUUAAAAGCAAACGACGUCUUGAUCUACUCGAAAUUCCGUUUGUUUUUGAACGUGGGGAAAAUGAUGCACAACCAAAUAUUUUGGGAGAGAAAAUGGUGCGUGUUGGAUGGAGAACGCUUGAAAAUCUAUAGCUACCCAUCAGAUGAGGAGUUUGGUCAAACUCCUGACCAAUUAAUACUCACCAAAGAAGUUGAAAUCACUCUGUCCGAUCCUCAGUGUCCCAGGAAAAGGAGUUUUAGUUUGACGGUUGUUGAUCGAAAGUUGUUUUUCAUGUCGGAAAAUUUGGAGGAGUUUCAGGAGUCCACAAAGCAGUUAAAUUUUGUGUUAAAGAAUUUAAGAAUUUGGAAUGUGUAA